AUGACUUACAUAUUACGCUGCAUCUCAGAUGCGCAAGAACCUUACUGCGCAAGGCUGCUUAUAGGGAUCGAAGAAAUAUAUAAACCCCUCUCUAAGGAGCUCCAUUGGAAUAUCAGUCUCAUUUUGAACAUUCAAACGGAAACACACGCACAAACAACACAAACGAUGCCUUUUACACCCCGAAAAGUAGCCCGAAAGUUCACUGCCAUUGAGCAGUCUGAGGGAGUUGGAGCUCGAGUUCGACGAGCCGUUGGCAACAUGCAAGUUCGAAACUUCUCUCCUUUCCUUCUUUUUGACCAUUUCAAGGUCCCCUCUACCGCUGGUUUCCCAGACCAUCCUCAUAGAGGCCAGGAGACUAUCACAUACGUCAUUGAUGGUUCUGUUGAUCAUGAGGACUUCACUGGUAGCAAGGGUACUCUUAACGAGGGUGAUUUGCAGUUCAUGACAGCUGGAAAGGGAAUUGUUCAUGCUGAGAUGCCUGCCCCUGGUCCUGAUGGAGAAACCAAGAUUGUUGAGGGUAUCCAAUUGUGGGUUGAUCUCCCCAAGGAGCUCAAGAACUGUGAUCCUCGAUACCGGGAUCUUCGAAAGGACGAGAUCCCCGUGGCCGAGUCUCCAAACAAGGAUGUUGUUGUCAAGGUCAUUUCCGGAGAAAGCAUGGGUGUGGAUUCUGUAAAGGAUCUUGCCUACACUCCCGUCUGGUACCUCGACUACAACAUUGAUGCCAGCAAGUACGACGGCCGAAAGCUUGAGCAGACCAUGCCCCAUGGCUUCAAUGUUCUUCUUUACGUCAUGAAGGGAGGUGCUACCGUUGACGGCCAGGUUCUCAAGACCAACGAUGUGGCCAUAUUUGACACUGCCGGUGACGGAGUUGAGUUCCGAGCAUCCGAAACCGAGGACUCUCGAAUCAUCGUCGUGGGUGGCCAGAUUCUCGACCAACCCAUUGUUCAGCACGGCCCUUUCGUUUCUACCACUCGGGAGGGUAUCAUGUCUGCCAUGAUCGAUUACCAGAGCGGUAACAACGGCUUUGAGCGAGCUCCUACCUGGGUCAGUGAGAUUGGUAAGCGAAUGACUGGACGAUAA